CCUUCAUCCAAGAAAGAUACGGGGGUUUUUUGACGUGCGGAUGCGGCUCGGGCAAGCUGCGGUGAAUGUGAUUGAGCUCAAUGAUUCUCCCCUCAAGGGGCCAGAGUUCACACCAUCCAAGGGGAGCACGAAUAGAGUGAUGUCACCAGGGGGUGGCCGUCCCCUGCUGGAGUCGCGCAGCCUCUGACGCCCAUGGGGCGGACGCCCCCGUAUCCAAGCAACUGAGCGUGUGGCCAAAGCAGAGUGCUGUGUGCAAUGGGCAGUUUGGGUGAUGGAGUGGAUCCAGGAAAGGUGAGCGAUGCUCUUCUGGAGGCCCUUUGCUCAGAAUGCGGCCAGAUCCACCGCACCUGGGAGAAUCACCUUUAUAACUAUCGAUUGGAGGUGGACGAUGACUUGGUGUGCCACAUUUGCCUUCAACCUUUAGUUCAGCCCCUGGAUACACCAUGCGGCCACACCUUUUGUGCUCGCUGUCUACGCAGCUUCCUGCAGGAACGGGACUUUUGUCCGCUGGACCGCGCGCAUCUGCAGCUGCAGGUCUGCCGGCGUUCAAGCAUUUUGGUGCACAAGCUACUGGAUAAGUUGUCUGUCACCUGCCCGCUCACGUCCAGCUGUUCGCUCAGCAUGCCUCGCUGUGACCUGGAGGCACAUCUCAAACACAGGUGUCCUGGAACACAGAGUCAGCGAACAAAGCUGGAACAGACACAGAUGGAAGCAAGCGAGGACAAGGUUAUGGCGACCAACCCACCCAAAUCCCCCCAAACUGAGAUAAAGGAAAGUACUCCAUCACCACCUGCUGGAUCAAACGCAUGCAACAAUGUUCCCACAUGGACAGAAGAGCCUGGUGUAGACAACCCUGCUUUUGAAGAGAGCACUGAAGAAGACAGUGUCCAUGGUCUUGAAUGCGCUCCUCCACGCGUGAAGCGCCCACUUAGCAACCCCUGCAUCCAUCUUCUCCGCACUGGUAGUUCCGCCUCUUCGGGGUGGGACUUUGUUGAAACUCUUCCUCUCUCUGCGGAAGAAGGUUGUGUGAAACUUCCAUCCCUACCCGAGGGCGAAAUCACAACCAUUGAGGUUCAUCGUUCAAACCCUUACAUGGAGCUUGGUAUAAGUAUUGUUGGGGGAAACGAGACGCCGCUGAUAAACGUGGUCAUACAGGAGGUGUACCGUGAUGGUGUUAUAGCCCGGGAUGGAAGGCUGCUGGCCGGCGACCAAAUACUUCAGGUGAACAACGUAGAUAUCAGUAACGUGUCACAUAACUUUGCUCGCUCCACGCUGGCUCGUCCCUGCGCCACUCUGCAGUUGACGGUUCUGAGGGAGCGCCGCUGUUCUGCCAGGCCACCAGUGGCAACUGCUACGCCUAAGGGCAGCCCCACUAGCAUACGCAUCACCCUGAACAAGCGGGAAUCAUCGGAGCAGCUGGGGAUCAAGCUGGUGCGGCGGACGGACGAGGCAGGCGUGUUUAUCCUGGACUUGCUGGAGGGAGGGCUCGCCGCUAAAGACGGACGACUUUGCAGCAACGACAGAGUGUUAACCGUCAACGAGCAUGACCUGAGACACGGCACACCUGAGCAAGCAGCUCAGAUUAUACAGGCUAGUGGAGAAAGAGUCAAUCUGUUGAUUAGCCGCUCCAGCAAGCAGACUAUGGCCGUGCACACCGGCUCCACUCUGACCAGGGACAUUUGGUGCCAUGACCAUGACCACGUCCCCCCUCUCCCCUCCACCGCGACCCCCAGCCCCGUUCCGAGUCUGCAUCUUGCCAGGUCUUCCACCCAGAGAGACCUCUCCCAGUGUGUGACCUGUAAAGAGAAGCACAUCACUGUGAAGAAGGAACCACAUGAGUCUUUGGGUAUGACUGUGGCGGGAGGGCGGGGCAGCAAGAGCGGAGAGCUGCCUAUCUUUGUUACAAGCGUCCAGCCCCAUGGCUGCUUGUCACGGGAUGGACGAAUCAAACGUGGGGAUGUGCUGUUGAGUAUUAACAGUCAGGACUUGACCUACCUGAGCCACGGUGAGGCAGUGGGCACUUUGAAGUCCAGCGCCGCUUCCUGUUCAGUCCAGUUGAAGGCACUAGAGGUCAGCACUGUGGAAGAACCGGGCCCGGAGGAAGAACUUCUCCCACCACAUGAAAAUGACUAUGACACAAGUUGGUCGCCAUCUUGGGUCAUGUGGCUUGGACUCCCUAGCUACCUGCAUGGCAGCCAUGAGAUUGUCCUCCGCAGAAGUCACCCUGGCAGCUGGGGGUUCAGCAUUGUUGGAGGUUAUGAGGAGAACCACAGCAACCAGGCAUUCUUCAUCAAAACCAUCGUCCUUGGAACACCCGCUUACUAUGAUGGCCGUCUAAAGUGUGGUGACAUGAUAGUGGCUGUUAACAGUCUGUCCACGGCUGGCAUGAGUCAUUCCGCCCUGGUGCCCAUGCUGAAGGAACAGCGGAGCAGGGUGGCACUCACUGUUGUGUCCUGGCCAGGAAGUCUAAUAUAACCCCAAGUGGGCACCACGCCUCAUCUCAGACAGCACUCAUACCUGUGUUCGAUUUUCUGCCACGGAGGCACCAUCAUUUCAAGCCCAAGUAUCAGAAAUUGAAUGCUUUUACUUGAUGCUGAAUAAAUCAGGCCUUAUAAAACCUGCCACGCCCAUGAGGCCACACCCCCUCUGGAGAGCAGCCCAAGGGUUCCCAUCACCAUGACGAUCAGCGUUCAACUCCACCGGAGGUUUUAUAUACACAAUAUCUCUAAAUGUGAUCUAUGUUUGUGAAUGUAUGAGCAAAAGAGACUAGACUAAAAAAAUUUGCGUGUGCGGAAGUAUGAAUGAGUGAAUGAAUGUGCACAGCGGUUUAAUAAAUCUUUCCCAAUGAG